AUGGCUGGGAAUCCGACGGACAAGGUCAGCCGCAAUGGCAAUGAUGAGGAUGAGAGCAUCGAAAUAACACUCAAGAACGAGCGGACUUUGCUGCGCUGGCAGAAUGAUGGCGGAGAUGCUAGCAGUGAAUACAGCCUUCUACCCGGCAACUGGUACCAGAGAGCUUUCAUCAGUACGCCUAAGCGAGGGAGUCCUACCAUGUACUUCCGAAUCAAGGUGGCAAAGGAGGUAUUUCUCCUUAUCAUACCUCCGGGAAACGUUGAAUCAGUAUCAACUGCUCCUAGCACGGGUAUCAAGAGCAUUCCCGAGCGCUACCAUCGGACCAAAAAAUGGUGUACCCUCGGCAUUCAUCUCAUGAAACCUGGUGUAUUAGCCAAGAAGUCGGUUCCUGGAACUAUAAAUCUUGCAGUAGUACCGCAGGAGCUGAAGGAGUUGGCUUCGGCCAUGAGUGUUUCCGCUCUUCUGCCCAUUAGCCACAAAAAGAAAUUCGAUCGCCUUCGUCCUUUAUUGAUGUGCCUCGAUAAAAAUCCUGACGGCAUGGGGGAUCUACUCCAAUCCCAUGGUCCGCUUCAGAUUAUUAGAGUCAAUGAAGCUGAUGCGGGCAACAAAGCUCCAAUACCCGUCUGCCCAACUCAGGAGGAAAAGCAGCCGCACAGCCAAGAAGAGGAACUUUCUCAGUAUGAGAGAGCCAUAACGCCUCCUGUUAAGACCGAAAGCUGCGUAAAAGAGCGAACAAAGCGAGCAGAUCAGCAGGUUAAGCCUGGGCUUAAUAAACUGUGUCAAAGCAGGACACAGGCUGACAAAUCUCUGCUUUCUCGCAUCGAAGCACUAGAACGAACGGUUCAAUGGAUAACAAGUGAUGCUGAUGAUGCAAUCAAGAAAGCUGAGGUUACAAUUUAUGACUUCCGAAAAGAAAUGAGGAUACUCAUGGAUAGGUUUAGCGAGGAUUGCCAACAGUUGAUCGACGGCGUUCGUAAAGAUCUUAAGGGACAGCUCAUGGAGGAGAUGAACGAAACGAGAGAUAAGAUUAUGAAUACCAUAUAUCAUGGCGAUGACUACAGAUUGGAUCUCUUUUUUGACGAGAACAGACUUCAAUCAACUGAGGAAGAGUAA